AUCUCGGACUUUCCUACUCGGUUCUGGGACUGAGAGCUCUCAUCCGCGGCAGGGAUUAACUACACCCCGGCAAUUUACAGCCCAGCGGCUCUCACAGUGCCGUGGCUCGUCGGUUCCCAUCGUUCGUCUUCGUUUUCUGGCCACUGUGCCUUUAACCAGGAAGCCGGCCUUCCUUGUAGACCCAGCCCGUCGUCGGGCGGGGCCGUACCGGCCGCCUCUGUCAGUCCCUGUCGCUCCUUUUCCUAUUGCUGCCGCCUGACUUGGACUGGCAAGCGACGAGCUCGGGAACCGCGCCGGGAAGAAGGGAGCCGCCCUGCCAACCCAGCCACGGCAGUGUUGUGCCAUGAGCUGCCAUGAGCUGCCGCAGAUGAGACCCUGUUUCAUCUCUGGGACCUGCAAUGACAAGUCUGAACAGUAGCCAUGCAGAGAAAACUGUUGAAAUGUCUUCAAAGCAGCCAGCACCAAAAGUGCAGGUUCAGCGAUCUGUUUCCCGAGAAACCAUCACCAUUCAUUUCUCGGCGUUUGGGAAGGAGGAAGAGGAGGAGGAGGAGGAAGAAGAGUUCAUGGAAUCUCCCCCUGAGGCACUUGAUGACCAAAGCAUUGUAACUGCACUUGAAGCUAAGGAAGACCUAUGCUUUGAUCAUGGUGACCAUGACGCUUCUGUUUCCGCUACCUCGCUUAAUAUGGCUGCAUCUCCAUUCGUCUCGUCUCCCACAAUCAUGCCAACUGUAAAGCCAUUAGAGUCCCAAGUAUUCAGUGCGGUGCCAUUAGCUCCACCCUCCUCACAUUUGUGUCAUGCCACCACCCUGUCGGGUGUGGCGUUGCCUUCAGAACUGAAAACCAGCCUGUCAUCUUCUCCAUUGCCCUCCCCUUCCAAGUCACUUGUUUUGUCUAGCACACCAACCACUGUUACUAGUUCAAAGCCUUUCAUGAGUUUGGUUAAGUCCCUUUCGACAGACAUCGAACCAAAAGAGCCCACUCCGCCCAUGAGACAUAGACAGUUAAUGAAAACCCUGGUGAAGUCUCUGUCCACAGAUACUUCUAAACAGGAGCCUGAAGCGGUGUCCUACAAGCCGCCAGACUCUAAACUGAAUUUACACUUGUUCAAACAGUUCACCCAGCCUCGGAGUACAGGUGGCGACUCCAAAACAGCUCCCUCAUCUCCCUUAACAUCUCCUUCAGAUGCUCGUUCUUUUUUUAAAGUACCUGAAAUGGAGGCCAAAAUCGAGGACACAAAGAGACGCUUUUCCGAAGUGAUUUAUGAGCCUUUUCAGCUCCUCAGCAAAAUAAUGGGUGAUGAGAGCAGCAGCCACAGGCCCAAAGCCUUAUCUUCAAGUGCUUCAGAACUGUCCAAUCUCUCCAGCUUGAAUGGCCAUUUGGAAAGCAAUAACAACUAUAGCAUUAAGGAGGAAGAGUGUGAUUCUGAAGGGGACUUCUAUGGAAGUGACUCCAAUAUAAGUAAGGGUGCUAAACAGCCCCAAACAACUGAGGAGCAUGCAAAAAAGGCCGAAACUAGAAGUUCCCCAUUAUUAAGCACAAAAGACUCCAAUUCAAAGACUUCACUGGUACUUGAAAGAUGUUCUCUAUCUGCCUUGGCGAGCAAAGAAGACGAGGAGUUCUGUGAACUGUAUUCUGAAGACUUCUGUUUGAUAGAGGAUGACAGUAAGCCUGACAAACAGUUAGAAAGUUAUCUGAAAAUGGAGAAGAUGCCUGAGGAAAGUUCUACUACACCUUUCAGCAGUGAAGGUAACAUCGAACUACAUGUGCAAGAGCCUAAACUUCCAAUGAAGACAUUGUACUUUCUCACAAUGUUGAUCUAUGUGUACCUUAUACUCCCUCUUCCCAGUUACUUUAGUGGACUCUUUUUUGGAGUUGCCAUUGGAUUUAUGAUUGCUGUCUGUGUAAUUUGGCUUUUUACACCAAGUUCUAGGUGUUACAGGCUACAUAGAAAUUGGAACAAGCAACUUAAUACACUCCCUCUGGACAUCCAGGAACCUGAGAUAUUGAAGGGCUGGAUGAAUGAGAUCCAUAGCUAUGAUCCAGAAACAUACCAUGCUACAUUGACUCACUCUGUCUUUGUGCGACUUGAAGGAAGCACCUUGAGACUUUCAAAACCCAACAAAAAUAUUUCCAGAAGGGCUGUUUACAAUGAAGCUAAGCCUGAAGUCACCUACAUUAGCCAGAAAAUUUAUGAUCUUACAGAGAGCAAGAUUCAUCUGGUCCCCAAAAGUUUGGCUCGAAAAAGAAUCUGGAAUAAAAAGUAUCCUAUUUGCGUUGAGCUUGGGAGACAAGACGACUUUAUGGCUAAAGCCCAGACUGACAAAGAGACCUCUGAAGAGAAGCCACCUACAGAAAAAGUGGAUACAAAUAGUGAAGAAUUGAAGAAACAACCUCAGGAUGGCACAAAGUCCAUUACUCAGAAGGACCAAGUGCUUUAUCUCUUUGGAAGGACUGGUAGAGAGAAGGAGGAAUGGUUUAGGAGAUUCCUUCUGGCUUCCAAAUUAAAAUCGGAAGGAAAAAAGCCAACUGCUUUGUGUGGAAACAAACCUGGAUUCUUGCCAGCACAUAGUAGAUCUGACAGCCAGUCUGGAGUUCUUACACAUAGCCGUAGCAGCAGCAAAGGAAGCAUAGAAGAAAUCCUCUCUCAGCCAAAGCAGAAGGAACUGGCAGCAGGCGUGAGACAAAAAAUGCUUUUGGAUUAUAACGUGUAUAUGGCCAAGUAUAUUCCACAAGAACACACAAGCCCUAUUGCUAGUCCAGUUCACAGUGCCAACAGCAGCCCUACAGCUGUGAAGAAGUUGCCAGAUGGUGAAGAAGAGGAGCAGGAAGCAUGGGUAAAUGCUUUGCUUGGAAGAAUAUUUUGGGAUUUCUUGGGUGAAAAGUACUGGUCUGACAUGGUAUCCAAGAAGAUACAAAUGAAGCUCAGCAAAAUAAAGUUGCCAUAUUUCAUGAAUGAGCUGACUCUGACUGAACUGGACAUGGGAAUAGCAGUGCCGAAAAUCCUUCAAGCCUACAAACCUGCCAUUGAUUAUAAAGGGCUUUGGAUUGACUUGGAAAUUUCGUACAGUGGAUCUUUUCUAAUGACCCUGGAGACCAAAAUGAAUCUGACCAAACUUGGGAAAGAACCUCUGGGUGAAGCACUGAAAGUUGGAGACAUUGGCAAAGAAGGGUUCAGACCAAGGACAUAUUGCCUGGCAGACAGUGAUGAAGAAUCUUCUAGUGCCGGCUCCUCAGAGGAAGAUGAUGCUCCUGAAGCAACAGGAAGUGAGAAGCCUCAAGUGGCAGGAGGAGAAGGGUAUGUGGGAGGGCACCGAACAAGUAAAAUAAUGAGAUUUGUGGAUAAAAUUACCAAGUCAAAAUAUUUCCAGAAAGCAACAGAGACAGAGUUCAUCAAAAAAAAGAUUGAAGAGGUCUCCAAUACUCCAUUAUUGCUAACCGUUGAGGUACAAGAAUGUAAAGGAACAUUAGCAGUCAACAUUCCGCCACCACCUACUGAUAGAAUAUGGUACGGCUUCCGAAGACCACCCUACCUGGAGCUAAAAGCUCGGCCAAAGCUUGGUGAGAGAGAAGUGACUUUAGUCCAUGUGACUGAGUGGAUAGAGAAAAAAUUGGAACAAGAAUUCCAGAAAAUUUUUGUCAUGCCAAACAUGGAUGAUGUUUAUAUCUCUCUGAUGCACUCAGCCAUGGAUCCCCGCUCAUCUGUGUAUUCUCUGAAAGAAUCUCUCACAGAAGCUUCUGAUCAGUCAUGAAAUGUGAAGACUACAGUUUACAGUAUUAACAGAUUUUGUUUAUAUGUAUGUUUUUUUUAAAUGAUCUAUCCAGUAGAUUUUGUCCUUGUGCCACAUUUUAUUUUGCUUUAUAUCCGUUGUUGCUCCAGUUGUCCAAGUAUUGCUCCUAUCUACUUAUUUGAGCAUAAAUUCCAAUUCUAAACUGGUCCGUAUCUUUGCAGUAGCUGCUGUUGGGCUUUCAGCAUAGCAGUUAAUGUGCACUAUUCUGAAGUAAAGAAUUAGGAAAAUUCCCAAUUGCAACUGAACCAGGAGCUGACACAAAUGGAGUUGUUUGUGAGGGUGCAAUAUUAGCGCAAUGCACAUUGGAUGGCUUGUCUCAUGCAGCCACAUGAACCUGUCCUCUAUAAGGAACAAAUUUGCGUAACUGGAAUAUUUUUCCCCCACGCUUUUCUCUCAGGCAGUUGGAGGUGUAAAAUGAACAAGGUAUGUUCUUUCACUUCUGCAGUCCAAUAGCUUGUGUCAAGCAAUUUUGAACUGUUUUCUGGAGAUAGGAAUGUAAAUUGGAUGUAUAGGUGAUAUUAUGAAACACUUCAUGUGGAUUAUACAUAGUCACUUAUUUUUUCAUAUAAAAUUGUGCUUCUUUUGGAAACAAGUAGCCAUAUAACACAUGCAAACAUACAGAAGUGUAUAGUGAGGGAUCUAGCGGUCCUUUAGCGAUAGAAACAAAAUAAAAAUUAGGCAAAGCCAUGAGACCAAACCAUAGUAAGCCUUUUAUUUAGUGAGGUGCAAUCACCAUGGCUUGUGAUUUAAUAACAAAUGUUAGACAUGAACACACAUGGAAAUGUCUAAUGCUGUGUGAGUACGUCCAUUUGUCCACUGAAAAUGAUUGAAAGCCUGUAUGAAGUCAUUCAGCUUGAUUGACUAAACUUGUCUCACGUUUCUGUUGAGAUUUCCUCAUUGCACACACUGUUCAUGGAUAUAGAGUGGUGGAUCCACUUACUUUUUAAAAAACAAAAUCUUUUUAAAAGGUGCAAAUCCUGAUUGUAACUCAUGCAUCAUCAUUAGCUGUGUGCGUCUUUUUAGGCCAUCUUGGUGUGUGAAAAUGGAAGCUCAACAGAACUCCAAAGCAUUACUACUGAUAGUGGCCAACUCUCAAGACAAAUUGCCUUGCUGUUCCUUUUUAGACCAUUUGUUUUUAGACCAUACAAGCACAUUAAAUCAGUAACUAUUAACACUACAUUAAAUGAUCAACACCACUAAUGAGUGUUUCUUGAUACUCAAUAUUGCCAACUAUUUAUGUCAAGAGAAUGUUAAUUUAGUUUACAAAGCAGGAGAGUUAUUCAGCUCACCUUUUAAUAGAGUGCUAUGCUUUAAGUAGUUUUUAAACUUUUUGUAUCUUGUGUUCAGUUAUCGUGCGUAAAACUUUUCAAUAUUUGCCAUCUCUAAAUGAAGCUAAUCUGAGUGAAGUUUUUUGUUUAAAAAAAGCACCUUGCCUGAAACAUAUUUAAAGAAAAAUUAGCAUUUAAUAUAUUUAAGUUGUCUUAUUAUUUGGUCACCUUUAUUUUUGUUAAACUCCUGUGACCAUUCCCAUUUUGUGUACUGCUCCUUAUGGAAACAUUUUUCUCUUUAAGAAGUCUGCAUGUCUUGUUCACAGCUCUCUUCCCCAUGUGCAAUAACAAUCAAAGUCUAAAGACUAGAUGCACUAAUUAAUAUGUAAACAGAUACCCAGAUUUGACACACGUGACUUCAUUGCACUUCAUAAUUGGACUGUGUGGGUACAAUGGGUUUGCUUUGUUUUCUGAAAUAAAAUUAUCCCAUGUCAAAGAA